UAUUUUGAAAGCCGAUUGUCGUCAUCGCGAACACGUUCCUUUACGCGGUGUGUCGUAGCCGUUUGACGGUAUGUGGAAAGUAGCAAUGUCGGAGGAGGUUGGGAAGGCGGUACGGUCGGUAGUGGAGCGGGUGAACCAGGCGGCGGCACGGCGGCCCAAGACGCUGCCAGCUGUGCCGCCCCGCCUCGUUGCUGUCAGCAAGACAAAACCCCCAGAAAUGGUUGUGGAGGCCUACAGACAGGGGCAGCGCAACUUUGGAGAAAAUUAUGUUAAUGAACUGGUGGACAAAGCUUCAGAUCCUCUGAUCUUAGGCUCAUGUCCAGAAAUCAAGUGGCACUUUAUCGGCCACCUACAGAAGAAUAGCGUCAACAAACUUUUGGGCGUGAAGAACCUGUUCCUCGUGGAGACGGUUGACUCGGUAAAACUGGCUGACAAGGUCAAUAGCUCGUGGCAGCGCAUCAGGGGAGCCAGCACCCACAGGUUAAAGGUCAUGGUGCAGAUCAACACCAGCGGAGAACAGAGUAAGCAUGGGCUGCCCCCUGAGGAGACUGUGAACACAGUGAAACACAUUGUGUCCCAGUGCUCCGCCCUGGACUUCUCAGGACUCAUGACCAUCGGGCGCUACGGCUACGACCUCACCCUGGGCCCCAACCCGGACUUUCAGAUGCUGCUGAGUCGGAGGCAGGAGGUGUGUGACAGUCUGAAGCUGCCUCUGGAGGAGGUAGAGCUCAGCAUGGGUAUGUCCACAGACUUUGAACACGCGAUUGAGGUGGGCGCCACCAACGUGCGAGUGGGUAGCAUUAUAUUUGGCAACAGGGAGUAUCCCAACAGUGCAGCCAACACUCCACAACCCAGCCCAGCUCCCAGCCCAGCUCCUAGCCCGGAGAAAUCCGCCAAGAUGGUGUCAGAAGAGGCUGCCAAGAAGAUGCAGCACCUCACCGUGUCUGGACAUUAGAAGAAGAGCUUCUUCCUCCUCUGAAAUACCUUUAAGAAAAACGAAAAAGAAAAACACUCUUCACCUGCAAAGUGAAGCAGAUAAUUUCCACAAAGCCAUGUGGAGCUAGGAUUGCAAAAGUUCUUGCAUAAUUUUAAAGUGUAUUUGCUUAAUCUUGUUCACUUUUUUGUGUGCCCUUCUUGCUCUUUUAAGCAUUCAAAAGUGGUACAGAACUAGUUCUACCGUUUUUUAAAAGUAGUGUGUUACUAACCUUUAGUGCUCUGACUUCCUUCUCAUGGAAAUCUCUCCUGCUAGUCCAGGUGAUAGGUGAAAAUAAGGUUCACUUUGUCACAAUAACACGAAACUGUACAGUUUGAGGUCUGAUACGUGUUCAGAAAUGGAGCAAUCACAGUGAUGGCCACCAUGGGGCCAUUUUACUUUCCACCAUAAUCGCUGUAUUUUGCAUCAUAUCUCCGGAACCAGAGAUGAUAACACACAAUAAGUGACCAUGUUUAAUAUGAACAUCUGACAUUAUAACAUGGGAAAGCAUAAUAGGUCCCCUUUAAGGUCAUAUUAAAUAUUGUAAUGAGGAUUAAAGCUGCAGUAGUUAACCUUUUAUAAAAAUAAGUGUCAUAUUUGCUGAAACUUUCACUAUAUCCUGACAGUAGUACAUGAGAAAAAUCAGGUUCCUCUGGCUCCUCUUAGUGCUCCUAAUGGUAUUUGUAAGAAUCCACCGAACAAAAACAACCAAUCAGAGCCAAGAAAGAUAUAAAGAUGAUUUGGGUUCGAAACUCGAAGAUAGUUGAUAGUUGAGUCCCAUUCCCAGGGUCCCAAAGCAGCAAAUAUAGAACAUUUCAGAAAAUAUGACAAAAAGUUAUUUUUAUAAAAGUUACCUACUUUUUGAAACAACACAUGCAUGCAACAGACAUUAUAGUCAUAGAGAUAUUAUAGUCUAGUCUAAGUUUCUAGGUAGGUACAAUGAUUUUCUUCUGUGUCACUAAAUUUAACAUUUACUAGUCCCAGAACAGUUUUUUCUUUGAACAUAAAAACAGACAUAGACUUCACCUUUUCUGUGUUACAAUGAUUGGUUCAGGGUUUAUGAUGCAAAAUACUUAAUUUGGUUAUGGCAGAAAGUAAAAGCCAAAGAUUGUGUGCCAAGUUUAAUCCUUGUAUGAAAAAAGGAACAUAUCACCUAAAAUUUGGUACGUCAUCUGGACUAUACAAAAUUACUGGAUAAUAGACAAAUGUACAACUACUGAAAACACGGUGACAUAUGGAAAAUGAUUCACCCGAGAUAACAAGGAUUCGUUUGGAUUUGUUGUGAUAUUUUCUACCUUUCCAACCCGACAUGUGACAGUGCUGAAAUGUGUUCGACUGUGUACAGUGUCCCACAGAUCGGAAGUCCACACAGUGCGAUGUACUGUUUUUGUUGUACAGAUGAAACAAAGACUUGAUUUAAUAAAUCAUUUAUCCCUUUAUAAUGA